UGAGAGAUUGAGCGAACGAUGGAUUUCAUAUGAUUUAAUGGAUGCACCCUUAGAUGAAUGCUCUUGGCCGAGGUUUAAGUUGAAAGCUGGUUUCAUGGUGAACAUGGCUCGUGCUUCACUGAAACAGGUCCUUGGACUUUGCGGAUCAAAAGCCACGAAACCACGUGGAAUCACCCUCUCGUGUGCACCAGACGCGUGCGCAGCAGCUUGUCUUAUCACCAUGGCCUUGCGACCAGAAUCAGUGGAGGAUUGGUGCCAGUUGAUGCCCCACCUGUUGGAGGAGAACGGCUGGAACAAGGCCAUGGUCACCUCUGACGCGGCCUUGAUGAACACCAGCUGCCCCUGGGGGGGUCACCUGAUCAAGUUUGAACUCAAGGAGAUCACCAUCCAUGAGGCGCCAGCGGAUCCAGCCAAUGUGAUGGUGCGCCCGGAAGUUCGAUCCCUUCAUCCGGAUCAAUGUCCCAUCAACGGCAUCACGGUGAACUCAGUGGACUUCGUGGUGCCGGGCGAGGCGGUGGUCGAAGCCACGAGCUCCUGGAGCAUCGUGAGGCUUUGCGCCGUGCUGUUCGGAGACAUGGCCGGACAAGUGAUGGACUACUUCUUUGAUGCCGGCUCGGUGGCGUGGCAUCAGGAGGUGCGAAGGAACUAUCCCAAGGCAGGCGAUAGUGGCUGUGCCUUUUACAAAGAAGAAGCCGAGGAUCGGUCCUAUGAGUUUAUGAUCCUGGUACGACCCAGUGCAACCAAAGAGACUUUCACUGUUUAUGUGGUGCUGAGGGUCUAUGAGGAUCGCUUUGCCCAGUGGGCCCAGGAACAUUUCCGCCUCGUCUUGAGCUCUGCCAGGAGCACGGCAGUGAGUUACCUGAACCGCCCUGGCAUCGCGGAGCUUCGAAAGCAAGAUGAGCGCUUCUAUGUGACGCUCGCCAUGCAGAGCUUCAAACGUGGCAUGCCUUUGUUGCCUGCUUUCGUGACCGAAACCGCUUUGACCGAAAUCGACGCCGGGGGCCCUUAUGGGCUCAGGCGCUGGUUGAGGUAUGAGCCCAAUUCGCAGAAGUUCCACCUCUCAUCCUACCUCCAGGUGUUCCUGGCCCGCUUGGGAUAUCAGGUCAACACCUACGAGAGCUUGGAUGGCCAGACUUUGGUGCCCUAUCAAUGUGUGGUUCGCCGUGAUGAGUGGGAAUUGGUUCGGGAACGCUUUCUGCAGGCCUAUGCCUUGCAGAAGACGGCGUAUCGCCGGGCCAAUGGCGGAUCAGGUGCUCCAGGGAUGCAUGAGGAGGUGGGGCCCAAGUUCCUGGGGAAGUGCGAGUUUUCCAUGCAUCUCCAGGAGCGUUUGGAGAAGUUGAUGGAACCUCGCUUGGUGGUGCGCAAGACCUUUUUCGACUUGGAGGACCCUUCGGAGCCUUCAGAGGAGGACGAGCCAGGACCCACGUGCCGUCCCUCACGUCGGCCCAAGACCACCGCGCUGGGAAGACCGGUUCUGGUAGUGUGACAGAAGACGCUGUGAAAAGAUUCCCGGUGGCAGGUCAAACUGUAAAGUUCAUUGUAGAGAUGAUGCUGUCGCCAAAGUAAGGUACCUGUGACAUGCAAGGUUCAGUUGCAGGCCCUUGUUUAUAUACAAUUAAGUCAAUUUUUCCUGCUGACUGUGCACCAUCACUACAAGCUCGAAAACGAUAGCCGACCCGGUGAAUGCACAGGCAGAGGUCAAUUAUUGCAUGGCCAGGCUGCACCCUGCUGCAGUUGCAAAGAUGGCAGGUCGCUGGGCCAUUCUCCCUCGGGUCACCCCUUUGUGCUGUAGCGAAGUGCAAUGGGUGAGAUCUCGGACCUGAACACGUUGUACAGCACCGGACAAAAAGGCGUUUUCGGGAUGUUUCGGGUAGCCACUCCAGACCUGAA